AUGCCUCAAAUUUCGCGCCGCCCAUUUCUCUCAGGGCUUGCUUUAUGGAUGGAGCCGGAUCGCUGGAUCUGUGUGGUUCCGGACGAAGGUCCUCUCCCAGCGACGCUGCAUGCAUUGGGCGUGCGAAUGGUGGGAGAAGUGCGGGGACAGGAAUUGGACUCCUGGACACUGCGGGCAAACGUACCUGUGGUGAACUCGAAGUCUCCAGAGUUGUGGGGGUGGAUGCCUUUUCCCAAAAUGAUGGAUCUUCAAAAGCUGCUACAUGCUGUGCCCGUGGAUAGCCUCACCGGCCGAGUCGUCCAUUCCUAUGGCAAGCACCAGGGCCCCAUCGAGGGCGCUCUGGCGGAGGCCUUCGGCUUCACGGAAGAAGCGCGGCGCGUGAUGCGCUUCGGAGAGCUGGAGAGGAUCUUCAGGGCUGUGGAGAUGCAGGACCAGAACACAGAAGUUCGCCAACGCCUUCAGGAAGCCACAAGCCUUCUGAAAUGCUUCGGCAAAGAGAGUCAUGGCUCUGUGUGGUUUGAAGGGGCAAUCAGCGCUCCGACCCUCUAUUUUGCCAGAAAUCGCGCUGGCUACAUUCUCGCUAUACUUGGGACGGAAGUGUCGCGCUCUACAUCAGCAACACGUUGCACUAUACUCUGA